CACCCCGCUCCCGUGCUGCUGCACACUCUCACCUCUGUUUUCGCGACCCGGAGCCAACGCUACGCGUCAUUCUGCCCGUGCUACCCCAGGCGCGACUCCACACAAUGGCAGACACCUCCACUCCAACCGCACCAACAGAGGCGCUCGCGGUGAACGCGGAGCCGACGCGUCCAACUAAGCCCUCGACCACCUCUGCUCCUACGGAAGCUGUGGCCGCGGAAGGUGGCGACGUCACCAAGUCCGACCAGCCCGCUGCUGCAGGAGACAAACCCGCACCUAUCGCGAGCGCGCCUACCACUUCUGAGGAGCUCACUGCUACCGCUACAACCAUCGAGAACGCAGAUGACAAUGGCUCUGAAGCCCCGGCUGUGGCUGCCGCCUCCAAUGGCACGCCUGCUUCUGCCAAGAAGAGUGGCCCUAGAAGGAAGUCUGGCGCAGGCGUUGCUGAACACAGCAAAAAGAAGGCUCUUAGUCGCAAGAAGUCUACGGUAACACUGCGCCUUGACGUGGAACCUGGUCAAUACUGGUUCGUCGCUAUGCGAGGCUUUCCUCCUUGGCCGGUCAUCGUGUGCGACGAGGAGAUGCUCCCUGAGAGCCUUCUCAGCAAGCGUCCUGUAAGCGCGAAGCGAUUGGACGGCACGUAUCGUGAAGAUUUCCAAGAAGGUGCAAAGAAUGCCAAAGAUAGGCGGUAUCCCAUCAUGUUCAUGGGAACCAACGAAUUCUCGUGGCAAGUCAACACAGACCUUCAACCUAUCGAUAUGGACGACCUCAAGAAAGAAGUGGAGGACAACAAUCAGGGCAAGAAGACCAAGGCUUUGUGGGAGGCUUACCAGGUCGCCGCAGAAGAGCACGAUCUGGCCUGGUUCAAGCAUAUGCUGGCUGAACACGAAAAGGCUACCCUAGCAGAAUCCGCGGCAUUCGAGGAACAAGCAGAGAAGGCUGCGACCACCAAGAAGGAGAAGAAGGAAAAGGGUGGACGACGCAAGAGCGCUCCUGUUGUCGACGAAGAUGUCGAGAUGGAGGACGGAGCAGAGGGAGAAGCAGCUCCAAAAAAGGCAAAGGCCACUAAGAAGCGCAAGAAGGAUGCGGAGAGUGACGCAGAGGGCGAGAAGCCGGCCAAAACACCAAAAACCAAAUUGAAGCUCACCAAUAAGACUCCCAAAGACGAAUCAGCUGCGAAGCCCAAGAAAACCCCCAAGCCAAAGAAGGCCAAGGCAAAGGCUGAGAGUGAAGAUGAGGACGAUUCUGCGAAGGCGGAAGAGAAGCCAAUGACGGAGGCAGAACGCAAGGAGAAGCGUGAGAAGGGCGUACUUUAUCUUCGACACCGACUCCAGAAGGGUUUCCUGACUCGCGAUCAGACCCCUAAGGAAGAAGAGAUGGCCACCAUGUCUGACUACUUUAAGCAGCUUGAGAACUAUACCGACCUUGAGGGCGAGAUCAUCAAGAACACCAAGAUUCACAAAGUACUGAAGGCUAUCAUCAAGCUAAAUUCAAUCCCAAAGGAAGAGGAGUUCAAGUUCAAGUCGCGUUCGGCGGAUCUUCUCACUGGAUGGACUUCAGCACUAUCCUCUGACAUGGAAACUCCAGUGGUUGCUCCCGCAGUUCCCGUGCCAGGCACGACGAAUGGGGUCAAUGGAGAGAAAGCCGAAUCGAAGCCCGAGGAGCCGGUCGCCCCUGAACCCCCUGCAGCAGCAACAGCACCAGCUGAGACACCUGCCGAAGCUGAAUCCACCAAGAAAGCCGAUGUUGAUGGCGAUGUGUCGAUGGCGGACGCCAAAGAUCAAGUGCCUGCAGAAGAACCUACGGCUUCUACUGACGCGGUCGCCGAGCCAACCGCGGCUGCUUGAGGAGUGGUCUAGGAGGUAGAUCUAUUACAUCUCGCGAGCAGGCCAACAAGUCUCGUCCAGCGCUUAGAGAAGAGGCAUCUGGUACUAGGAACCAACCUUCACUGCCUUGCACUUCAGCUUUUUUUGGCUUCUACGUGGGAGUAGCGCGCGGGAAUCUGGCUAGUUUAGGUUGCCGGGAAUUUCUGGCACUA